UUCUCCCGCCGUGUCUUUUACUUUCUUUUUUUCUCAGCCGCGGUUCAGGCGACUCCUCCCAGCGCUCCACCGGCGAGGCGGCUUAUUUCGCCGUGCGAGCAACAACGCCCAGUCAGACACCAGUCGGGCCGCCUCUUCGAUCCGCGGCGCGCAAGCGCGCCCUGUUUGAGCCGCGCUAUCCUUUUGAGGGCUCGAGUUCGUGAACCACAGCGUGGACUCCGGCGCUGACAGCUCUCGUUCGCGACUCGCAGAGUUUUCUCGGCGUUCGCAAUCUGGUGACGCGUGCUUGGCGCGGAGAACGAACGGAAUGUCGUUGGGCACCGUCGUAUCGCGCGACUUCCCGGAAUACCAGCGCAAAGCUUGCGUCGGCGACAGUGUCUCUUCGCUUUAAUACUUCUGAAUGCUCCAGCGUAGCCUUAGUACGUCGUAACUUUAUUUCUAAAAUGAGCUGAAAAAUGUCGCGCGCCGUCUACCGGGCUCAAGUUGAGAUGGAAGUUCAAACAAGAGACACGCAGACUUGACAUUUGCAGUCUUCACUCAACGUAGAGAACCUUCACCAGCCUUUUGACUGAAGCGGCGAGACGAUACUGUUCGGUCUAUGGUGGCACUACUUCGAAAGUAUCUGUGGAUUACUUCACCUUGGAAUACGCUUCGCGGCUAUCAACGUCUCCUGCAAUGCUUCGUUAAUGGUGCUAGUCGGCCGUGGAGCUCCCUUUGCCCGCUACCGUAGAAGAAACGUCACCGGUGUUCACACCACAGCAGCCCAUGUCAGUUCCGGUUCCGGAUGGUGACCAGAUGGACGCCACGACGGUGGCGAGUAGAACGGCACAGAGGUGCUGGUUUUGUCUUCCGGCUCAUCAGGGCUUUGUCACUUCUGGUCGCCGUGCUCACCGUCAUAUUCUGGACGCAGGCUCUUUAUCGAUUUUCCGGUAUUUCCGAUCAAAAUGUAGAAGAAGGUGACGCGAUUUUUCCACCGUCUGCGAAAACUCAUUUCACAGUUGCCUUUGUAGGGGCACCUGUAAUAUCAAACACAUCUCCUGAGAGCGAGUUAUCUCGGAGAGAAAAAAGUCCGUCAUUAUCAUCAACAGCAAGGCUGCACCUGCAGGACACGUUCAAGGAGCAACCACAGAGCGAAGGCGACUGGGUGUCCACCGACACCUACCCGAGGACAAAGUUAAAGAUAUUCCUGUACUCGGCGUACUUGGACAACCGCCUCGCCGUUCCGGUGGUUCGGGUUAUCGGCGCUUACGCCAGCGUCGGCGGUGCCCAAAUCUCCUGCAGACUUGAGUACGCCAACGGUGACGCCAACGUGGUCGCCGCUGCACAGAAGACCAUUAACGAGAACUGGAAGCUCAAGUAUGGCGCGGCCUUCUUCUCGUGUCCCUAUUCGGACGACGCGGACAAUCCACCACCCAGUCGCGUGCGAUUGAAGGAGACCUAUGAGCUGCAAUGGAGCCCUUGGAUACCAGUAUGGCCCCUGGAGACGAGACCUGGUCAAGCGACCGGCCGCUUUGCGGUCUGCGUCAAGCCACUUCACUACGAGUACGACAGGGCAUCGUGGCUGGCAGAGUUUGUAGAGUUCCACCGGAUUGUCGGCGUGGACCGCUUCUUCUUCUACAACCACAGCAUUGGCACCAACGUAGAGCGUCUGCUACGGGUGUACAUUGGAAAAAGCGUUGUCACGAGUCUUCCGUGGAACCUGGACAUCAAGUCCCAAAAGGAAAUCCGCACCGAAGGCCUGUUCGCAGCUCUCAACGACUGCGUGUACCGCAGCAUAAACCACUUCGACUACGUCCUUGUGCUCGACCUGGACGAGUUCGCCGUGCCUAGGAAGGACGACAGCCUGCCGGCCAUGGUGACGAGGCUGAAGCGCCUCGCGCCCCGCACGAUGAGUUACGUGCUGCUGAACAGUUUCUUUUACCUGUACUGGGAAAACGACACGGCCGCUUACGGCGCCCUGCCGGAGACGUCCCCCCUGGAAAUCCCGUACCUGCUCACGCAGUUCAAGACUCGGCGGUCGAGGAAGGUGUUCCGAGUGGGCUCGCGCUCCAAGUACAUCGUGCGCCCGCUGGCGGCUGUCGAAGUUGGGAACCACGUCGUCUGGAGAUACCUUGGAGGCCGUCACCAGGCCACUCAGCGCGUGGCCCCGGAAGACGCCCUGCUGCACCACUACCGCAUAUGCGAGUUCGGUGGCUUCGACUGCGUCAAGCAACCCUCCACAGUGGACCGAUCGGCGCUGCGCUUCAACACGUCACUUCUCGAGCGCGUGGACAGUGUGUGCGCGCAGGCUUUUCCGGACGGUGGACGCUGCCCCAAAGCUCCAGGCCUGGGAAGCCCCUGGUGACUGCGGAAGUAGUGGAAACCUCUCUCUCAUCGCGAAGCAGUAACGGGUGCACGCAUAGCGUGUUUUGCAUGUACGAACAGUUGCACAAUACAAGACGAUGCGUGGUGUAGAGCAGCUUCCUUAUGAAGCAGUGUUUGGACAUGUAGUGCGGUAACUAACGCUGUAUAAAAGCACGCAGUCUAUAACUGUCCUUAAAGGUGGGAUAGCCCCGUCACUGUUACACGCACAGGAAAUGGGUGCUUCGUCGGUCUGACUUCCUUGGUUGUUCUGUUUCUACAGCUUCAGGAUGAAAACAGAGUUUUAUUUAGCGAGAGUGAACUGCACCACUUCAAUUGAGGUUUUCCCACUGAAGACGUUGUUCAUCUGCGAUUCAGCGAUUACUGGAAAAUUAGUGAGCGAUGGUCACGUUGGCGUAUGCUUAUAGUGUAAACGGUGAACAGUUACAGAGAAGCUUUUAGUAGCAACACUUGUUAGUUGUACGUCGCCUUGGUUGACGCCAGUAAUUGGCAGCCACACUUAGAACUUAAAGUAAUGUAAAAAGGCCACAUAUAUGUGUAAGAAAGAGUGACGUCUACAGGUGGAGGCUUCAAGGGUACAACAGUGAUCAUACAGGGAAGACAGCUGUCGUUGUGGAAACGAGGCCUCCAGAGAUAUUUGUGGUUUGACAACUGUUAUUCUUGUACUUAUCUUGCUUACUUAAAGCAAUCAUGAAAAAUAUUGGGCUUCUCUUUCCGACCCCUUCAUCAGUGCCUGCAUAUUUUAUUUAACCUCAAAGUUAGUUGGGUGUGGCGCACGAGAGCAAAACGGUAUUUGUUCGUGUAGUUGGAGCGUGCUGACAGGCUGAAGCGUCAUAACUUUGCGAGAGGACGACAGAAAAAAAAAAAAGAAACGAGAACGAGAUAGUGUCUGGUAAGCCGAUGUUGACUGUCUGAUUUUACAGGCGUGGAUUUGCAGUAGCCAUUUUCUUGAAGACCUGCGCUGCUGAUGUAGUAUACUGCCGCUCGUGUUGCCUAUUGUUCACGAGAGAAUAAUGCACCAAUAAAGACAGCACAAAAGCGA